AUGAACAACAUAUACAAUUCAAAUGAAUCAUAUUUUUAUGUAGAAGAUUAUAGUGAUAGCAAUACUAUUACAUCAUUUGAAAGAAAUGUUGUUAAUGAAGUUACAUUGAGCCCAGAAAAUGUAAUUUUAAUGAAGGAUAUCUUUGCUGUACUUUUUUUAUGUUGUUUUGUUGUUGGAUUCAUUGGUAAUUCAUAUGUAAUUUAUAUGAUUAUUAAUGUUAUAAGUUCAUUGUCUUUUUUUGGCUAUGGUAAACCAUGUACUGGAAUACAAAAUCAAAAUAGUCAACAUGUAUAUAUUUAUGUUCUUGGAUUGUCUUUUGCUGAUCUUCUUCUUAUAUCACAUUUACCAUUUUUAAUUAUUGAGUUAAAACAAGGCCAAUGGACAUAUGGGACUAUUUUAUGUAAAGUGUUUUAUUUUGGUGAAAGUGUAAACAAACUUUUAAGUAGUUUUAUAAUGACUGUUUUAUCAUGGGACAGAUUUUUAGCUGCCUGUUACUCAUUAAACUCUUUAAAAAUACGUACAACAAAAACAGCAAUACUUGUACUUUUUGGUUGUUUUACAGUCGCAACAUUAUUGUUAACACCAGUUUUAUUAAAUGCCAAAGUCAGUGAAAUAAAAUAUAAUGGUGAUAUGAUAAAAAAAUGUUAUUUUGAAGCAGGAUCAUAUUUUUUAUUUUAUUCAUUUUUAUUUGGAUAUUGUCUUCCUGCAAUUUUUAUAAUAUUUUUUUAUACAAAAGUUUUAAUAAAAAUUAGAAGCAGUGCAAAAAAAUUUCAUACAGCAAUUGUUAAUUGUAGUGCAAAUGUUAAUAGAAAUAUAGUUAAACAAGGAUCUAUGUCAAAUAUAACAUCUUUUGGAGGUACACGUAUUCAACAAGUUACAAAACGUAUUAUUGCUGUUGUUGUUUUUUAUUUUAUAUGUUGGACUCCUUAUUGGGUAUUGAAUUUUUUAAUUUUUACUGGAUUAAUGUUUAAAAUAGCUCCUCAAUAUGUUGUAUCAGUUAUUAUGUUUUCAUCUCACCUACUUAUAUGUUUUAAUUCUAUGGUUAAUCCAUUUUUGUAUGCUUUAAUCAAUUGUGAAUUACGACAACAACAUUAUAAAGCAAUGCUUCGAAAAAAAAAUUCUGUCCGUAUGGCUACAGCUGGUGCUCUUGGUGUCAUCGUAAAGCAUUCGCAAAAAUUUAUUACUCCAAAAACAUUUGGUAUCAACAUUGAAACGGAUUUUAAAUGGAAAGAUGAUAAAUCUCAAAAUACAAGUUUACAGGGUACACCUACAAAAAUGAUAAUAACAAAUACACAACAUUCAAAUGUAUUAUUAGAAGAAGAUACAUCAAAUUUAUUAUUAAAAGAUAAUUUAGAUAAAAAAAGACAUAGCACAGUAAGAUUUGAAGAAAAUAAUAAAUUUGAAGAAAUUGCUUGUCAAAGUGAUGUUGAAGAAUUAUGCCCUUCUUCAGGAGAUAUUUUUCUUUAA